UGGAUAGGGCGUUUUGAAAAAGGACAAAGUAAGAAAUUACUCGCCACCGUUCUCUUAAAACCUUAUUCAGGACAUUAUCACGAUGCAUCUUCUAUACUUAAAACUAUCGGAAGAACUCUUUGGAUGCGGCACUUUAUACCGUUAUCUUAUGCCAAAGAACUAAUCCUUCCUGUAGACAAUAUAAUGCCUCAAUUUACCAUCGAGGCGAUUUAUGAUAAGGAUAUCUCUAAAAUUUAUAUUGAGUGCUCUUUGAUGGAAUGGAGUGAAAAAGUCGGAAUAGUUUGGAAUGAAACCAUGACUUCUUUCUACAUGAUUUUACCAAACUCGGAAUCUAUUUGUCUAAAGAUCGGAUGUUUGACUCGGCCAACAGCCCCAUUUUUUGCCAUCUCUAAAAAUUUAUCGCAUUUUCCACCAAAGUUACAUUUUGAAAAAACACUGGAAUACAAACAAAUUUUUAAUAAUGAGCAACUUAUGUUGGAUGGAUUUAUGGAAGCUGAAAGCUUCUUAAAUCUAAUGCGUUAUUAUAAAUUGGUAGAAUGGUUCAAAAAUAAUCCAAAAUUUAUGGAUUUUUCAAUAGAGGAUAAUUUUGAAAGAUCUGAAUUUUUAAAUGCUGCAAAAUGUUUAGGCGGAAUUCUUUCAAAAGAAUUCUGUGUUGACAUUGAAUACGUUUUUAUUCACACAAAAAGUGUAUCUAAAUUCAAUUAUAUACCUUACUUGAUGAAACUCAAAGAUUUACCGAAUUGUAAGUUUAUAGCCUAUGGAAGUGACCCUUGGCCUUCAAAUCCAUCCGUAGAUUUAGAAGAAUUGCUUUUGCAUG